AAGCAGGAAAUCAACCACAGUUCCACCAAAGAGGAAGUCGUCCACCAAUGUUGUCUUCCGCCGCCUUCAUUCACGUGGAGGAAGAAGAACCGCUCGUGUAGCUGACGGGGGACACGAGGAAAUACCCAAAAAUGACGCACUUAGACGGAAUAAUAAAACCCAAGACAAAGCGCUCCAAGCGCUUCUUGGAGAACAGAGCGUCCAAGCUGGCCGAGGAUGUGAAGACGGCCAUGAUUAUGAAAGGGGGCAACACCAAUCAAACCGUCACCCAGGCCCUCAAGGACAUAUACUCCCUGAAGAAGCCCAAUGCUGUGCUGUACAAGAAGAAGAACAUAACACGGCCAUUUGAAGACUCAACAUCACUGGAAUUCUUCUCCAAGAAGACAGACUGCUCUCUGUUUCUGUUUGGCUCCCACAACAAGAAACGGCCCAACAACCUCGUAUUUGGUCGUCUGUUUGACUUUCAUGUGCUGGAUAUGAUUGAAGUUGGAAUUGAGAAGUACGUCUCGCUGAGUGAUAUCAAGAACAGCAAAUGUCCUGAGGGGACCAAACCGAUGCUGGUGUUUGCAGGGGAGGCUUUCGAUUCGGACAUUGAAUACAAACGUCUCAAGAGUCUGCUCAUAGACUUCUUCAGAGGUCCCACUGUGUCUGCGGUGCGCCUGGCGGGUUUAGAACACGUUCUACACUUCACGGCCGUGGAAGGGAAAAUCUACAUGCGCAGCUACAGGUGUCUGCUGAAGAAGUCUGGGUGCCGCACGCCGCGGAUAGAGCUUGAAGAGAUCGGGCCGUCGUUUGACUUGGUCUUAAGAAGAACCCACAUGGCUUCAGAUGACUUGUACAAGUUAGCUCACAGGCAGCCCAAAGCCCUCAAGCCCAAGAAGAAGAAGAACAUUUCCCAUGAUGCCUUUGGUACAAAGUUCGGCCGGGUACACAUGCAGAAGCAGGAUCUGUCCAAGCUGCAGACCCGUAAGAUGAAGGGCCUGAGGAAGAGGAGGGGACCGGUGGACACUGAAGACAAGGACACACAGGCACCCAAAGUGGCCAAAGUGGAGAGCUGAGCUGUGGAUUCACAUCGUCUAGUUUAUAAGACUGACUUGGGCUUGUGACCAGCCCCCAGGCAAAGAGGAUGCACAUCUAUUAUUCCUGCCCCCUCUUGUUUUUCCCCCCUUUUCCAUGUGACUUUCAGAUACUUCUUUGUCUUGAGCAUCAUUAAAGGUCCAGUGUGUAACGUG